AUGCGACUGCGAAAAAGAGUCUCAUCUCUCUCAUCUGGAAUGGGAUCAGUUGGAUCUCUUGCUUCAAAGAGCGAAACUUUUCCCUCACCACAAGUUGACACACAAAACGGAAUCGUUCAAGGGCGCAAAUUGAGGCUCAAGAGUGGUUUCCUUUGUGAUACGUUUCAAGGAAUUCCCUAUGCUGAGCCACCAAUUGGAGAACUUCGAUUUCAGAAACCGAAGCCAAAAGAAAAGUGGUCAGGCGUUUUGAAAUGCUCUCGAUACAGGCAUCGAUCCAUUCAAAAGGAUAUGUUCUGGGAAAAAGUUACACAAAGUACAAGUUGUUCGGAGGAUUGCCUUUAUUUGAAUGUUUUUGCGCCAACGAUUGAGCCUGAAAAGAAAUACCCAGUUGUUUACUACAUUCAUGGCGGUGGUUUUAUGAUGGACAGUCCGGCUCGUUUAGUGCCAAGCAAGAUUUGCAGGCAAAUCGUUGAACGAGGAAUCGUUUUGGUGACCGUCACCUAUCGACUAGGAUAUUUGGGAUUUUUCUCGACCGGCGAUGAGGCUUGUAAGGGAAAUAUGGGCCUAUACGAUCAAGCAUUCGCAUUGAAAUGGACCAAGGAAAAUAUUGGGAAAUUUGGAGGUGAUUCAAAUGACAUCACGGUGGUUGGUCAAUCGGCUGGUGGAGUGAGCACCGAUCUUUUGAGUCUUUCUCCAUUGACAAGAGAUCUUUUUCAAAAGAAAGUUGUGAUGGGUGGAAAUUCAUUCUGUUAUUGGGCGACGACUUCAAAAGAAGAGAUUUCUGAUUAUUGUCGAAUAAAGGCGCAAAAGCUCGGAUGGAAACCACAAAAAGUCUACGAUUCGCGUUUAGAGGAAAAUGAGGAUAUGAUGAGAUAUUUGAGAACGAUUCCAGCUCACAAAUUUGCCACCACAAUGCAUAUGAAUGAGAUUGUGUUCUCAGAGGCUCGUUUACCUUUGGCUCCCGUUCUUGACGAUGAGAUUCUGCCAAAACCGCUAGAUCAACUACGAGAAGAGGCGCCCAAAAUGGAGAGCAUUGUCGGGGUGGGAGAACAAGAAUCAUUGCUUUUUGCUGCAAUCGGUUUUCUGAAAUGCGGUGAAAAAGAUCUUGAACAUGCGUUGCGAAUGAUUGCGAAAAAGUCGGCGAAUUUCGGCCACAAAGAAGUUUGCGAUAUUGUGAAUGAAUUAUAUGGAGAAAUGGAUAAAGUCAAAGGGAAAAGGGAAGAAGUUGCAAAACUCUAUGUGACGCUAAUCUCUGAUGUGAUCUCAAAUUUUGCUUGUUAUCAAUAUAUGAAACACAGUCAAAGCCAUGACAAAUCGACGUAUGCUUUUUCGUAUGAUUACACGAGUAAAUGGAUGUAUGGAUGGCUGGGUCUAUUGGUGCCUUUUAAAGACGGCACACAUGCAUCGGACAUUAUUUAUCUGAUGGAUGUCAACUAUUUCUCAUCACCUUGGUCAAAGAAUAAAGAAGAUCAAUCAAUGUGCGAAAUGACAGCUGAUUAUUUCACUUCUUUUAUCAAAACUGGUAAUCCGAACUCUGAGAAACAGCCGGUUGUUUGGGAUUCCCUCUCAAAAGAUGGCUCUUUGAACUACUUGUCGUUCGAUUUAGAGCCAAGGAUGAAAAAUGAGAUAUUCAAUGGAAGAAUGGAGAAAGUCGAGAGAAUUGCGGUGGAAAUGAAAAUGGAGAAAACCCGAAAUUUGGAAGAAGUGAAAGCUGGAUGUUCGGAUGAUGGGAUAGUCCAUAUUUCUCUUGAUAACGAUCGAGUGAAUGAGAUUGAAAAUUCGAUUCGCCCAAAAACGAUCGAGAGCCAGAAAUCGCGGAUUUCUGUGACUCGGCAAUCAGUUGAAGAACAAGUGAUUCGCCCAAAAAUCGUCGACCAGUUGUCCCAUCGAAAGAAUUCGUUCAGUGAGAAGAAAAAGAUUCAUUCACCACCAAAAUCCAAGUCAAACGCCGUUGCUCCGAUUGAGUAUAAUGAGAGAUUGAUUUCA